AUGAGAACUUACAGCGAAAUCAAUAUCGACGAGACCCCAAUUGUCGUUCUUGGAUGUGGGCAUUUCUUCACGGCAGAAUCGCUGGAUGGUCUCGUCGGUAUGAGUGAAGUCUACACUACUAAUACGUCAGGAGACUUCGCCGGCCUGGCAGAUAUCAGCAGCUCUCUAGCAACGAAGAUACCCCGGUGCCCAGACUGCCAGCGGCCAAUCAUGCAGUACAUUACUCAGCGAUACAACCGAGUGAUUAACAGAGCGGUGAUGGAUGAGAUGUCAAAAAGAUUUUUGAUCAACGGCAAGAGUGAACUUCAAGAGUUGGAAAAGGAGGUUGAAGAUCUUGAAUCUGGUUUUGAAAAGUCGAGGAACGACAUUAAGAACUCCACAAGGGAUGUGGUGUCAAAGAUUCGAACCCGAUAUCAUGAGUCUAAGAAGCUACAAAGAAAGAUUGAAGAUUUCCUCCGCAGCGUUGCAGAUCGACACCAACCAGCUCAUAAGCUUCACGAAGCUAUUGUCCAUGCCAGUAGUAAUAGCAUUGUAGGAGGUUCUGGAUCUCUCGCCGAUGCACUUGGUUCGCUUAGCAUCCACCAAGACGAUAUCUCCCCCGUCGAACGAGACCGGAGAGUGACUUUUGGUGGCCGCAUUCUUCAGAUCAAGGCUGAUUCUAUCUUGCUGGAAGAUAAGUUCCAGAUGACAAAGAAGCUCAGAUCAAGUCCAUCUACUGAAAAUAUGAAACUCCCGGGGGGUGAUCUAGAAAAUCUUACCCAAGCUUUCAUGAAAGCUUGCGCCGCGCUGAUGAAUGAUUGCGUGAUUGAAAAACUUCCCAAACUCGCAGCGGAGGCUUCAAUCUACUUCGCAACAAAUGCGCACCUCUAUCGUUCAUCUGGGUUGUCUGGAGAGGACAGAAAGGAGGCAACUAAGUAUGUCGAAAAGGCGAAAGAGUUGCUAAAGCAAGCCUAUAAAUUAUGCGAUGAACCUUUUCAAAAUGCAAAUCAACUGAAAAAUUGUGUCAAAGAAAACAUUGAGAUUCUUGGAAGGGAGUGGUAUGAGGAUGUAACCGCCGAAGAGCUUGCCGAAAUCAAGAAGGCGAUGGUAAGUGGCAGAGAAGGUAUCGCAACACACUCAGGUCACUGGUACAAUUGCGCAAAUGGACAUCCUUUUGCCAUUGGCGAAUGCGGAAUGCCAAUGCAACUUGCGCGCUGUCCGGAAUGCGGCGCCGCUGUUGGAGGAUUAGGCCAUCAGGCUGUUGAAGGUGUUACCAGAGCUACACAAAUGGAAGGAUAG